AUGUUAGAAUUAAAGAAAAGUGAUGAAGAGGAUUUGGUAAGAAAUUGGCAAAAGUGUGCUGCUGGGAAGAUGAUCGUGAAAGAAGGUCAACUGGACUAUAAGUGGACCAUUCGACCAAAUGACCCUUCGUCAUUUGAAGAAAGCUUUAGUAAUGGCAUAAGCCCAAAUGACAUUCGUCCCACUGACCAAUUCAGCAUCAAACUCCGCCUAUCUAUGCAGUUGCCCAAAAUAUUCGAUCAGAGAUUAGAAAUGUAUGUAUAUGUACAGAAUAAUGCCCGGGAAAUGGACAACAAUAAUGCCCGGGAAGUUAAUAGCAGUAAACAAUAA